AUGGCUCACGAAAACGUCUGGUUCUCUCACCCAAGAAGAUUCGGUAAGGGCUCUCGUCAAUGCCGUGUCUGCUCUUCCCACACCGGUUUGAUCAGAAAGUACGACUUGAACAUCUGCCGUCAAUGUUUCAGAGAAAGAGCCUCUGACAUCGGUUUCAACAAGUACAGAUAA